CGACGAUGAACUGGAACUGGCUCAGCUAACGAGAUGCAGUCGCCCAAGCUGACUUUGCUACUGCUGACGCUGUGCUUAGGCGCUAGGGGCAUUUGGAGUAAGCGCAGUUUUGAGAUAUUUAAUGACAUAUGGGGCGAUCUGAAAGACGGCGGCAAUAGUAUUAUCGAAGGACUAAGGAGUGCAACUCGGGAUGGCGCUGCCAAUAAUAAGGACCUUCUGAACCGACUGGACAAAGCGAAUGGAAACUUCUUAGCGGAUGCAUUGCAGCUAGGGGAAGAUCUAUCCAAUGGAAUAUCGGAAUCAUUAACGACAGGCAUUAAGGACUUAUCGCAAAGCCUCACUUCCAGCAUUACAAAGUUCCAAAGAGACGUUGCUUCUGAAAGGAACCCUAUAAAGCGUAAGGCACUGAGCAGUGGACUGGAACUGCUUGAGCAGCUCAACUCAGAAGCCACGGAACUGAAGCUCUUCGAUAUAAAUCAGAAGCUAGCGAAGAAAGUAAACGAUCAACUGGGUGCAAUACCGAACGAUGUGCUAAGCUGGAGUAAGGARCAACUGGAUCGUGUGGAAAAAGCUUCCGAUGAAACUGGCCUGAAACAAGCGCAAGACAUUAUAACAAAGUUCAUAUCAAGCGUCUCUAAAGAGCUAAAUGCCGUACUGUUGGAGCUCGAUGUUAAGAAAUCAUUGUAUGAACAAAAGUUGAACGACAAAAUCCAUGAAUACAGCGAAUUCGUCAAUAAACUUAUUGAGGACAUGAGCAGUUGCGGUCGUUUCAGCAUCUUUAGAUGCAAAUCACUGAUUGAGGAAUCGAUAGAGAAUCUACGUGACGCCAAAACUGAGUUGCUGAAUUUACGGAAGGAAGGCAACAAUUUGGUCGAAGCGGGAAUAAAAGCUACAGUAUCCAACGAAUCGUUCUUCAAAAAAUUGGCCGAGAAUAAACUUAAAUUCGAAAAGGAUCUUGUUGACAUCAUUAGCCGCAAUCCAAGCACAACAGAUGCUAACGGAGGCUCGUCGGGAUCCAAUGGAUCAUCAUCUGGAGCAUCCAAUGGAGCAUCCAAUGGAGGAUCAUCUGGAGCAUCAUCUGGAGCAUCCAAUGGAGCAUCAUCUGGAGCAUCCAAUGGAGCAUCCAAUGGGGAAUCAUCUGGAACAUCCAAUGGAUCAUCAUCUGGAGCAUCCAAUGGAGCAUCAUCUGGAGCAUCCAAUGGAGCAUCCAAUGGAGGAUCAUCUGGAUCAUCAUCUGGAGCAUCCAAUGAAGCAUCAUUAUUAUCUAGACUACGUGAAAGUGCCAAAAAUCGCUUUAAGGAACUUUUGAAUGGAAGCACAGACGGUGCUGGCCUUCAAGACCUAUUCCAAGAUGUACAAGAUGCGAAGGGCCAGUUCCUCGAUGAUGUGACCCAGUUUGGAAAACAGAUAUCAGGCGCAAUAUCCGAUUCAUUAACCAGUCAACUGGACAACAUUUCGGGCAGAAUUAAAGAUCUUGAAGGAAAGAGUAAAGUUGAAUUGAAUCCGCUGAAGAGAACGACAUUAACUAGUGGGUUGGCAGCGCUAAAGGAACUUUAUUCGACAGCCUCAAACGUGAAAUCAGCAUACCUGGAUGUGAGCAAUAAAAUAUCGGAGGACAUGGGCAAGGUUAAUAACACUCUAAAUGCAUUGCUGCUGUGGGCAGAAGAGCAACUGCAGCGUGUGAACAGUAAGACCAAUGGUGCCGGCGUCGAGAAGGCGACCAACAUCAUUCAAGAGGUUCUUACACGCUCUAUCCCGAAUCUAAUUGAUGCCGUGAGUGACAUGGAGCUGAGAAAAAUUGAGCUUGUGCAGCAGAUCUUAAGCAACUUCAACUAUAUAGAAGAUGCUACGGCGCUGAUUGACAAAUUGAACCAAUGUCAGUACGGCCCCAUUAGCGCCGUCCAGUGCGCAGCCCGAGUAAAGGAAUCAGUAGAAAAGUUAAGCAUUGGCAAAAGCAAACUGGAAAUCGCGCUGAAAAACAGCAAAGCACUGAUAACAACAAGUUGGUAUGAGAGUAUUUCUUCUUCAUCCCUCCUGAAGCAGUUGGCUGAUGAUAUGGUUGAAUCUGAGAGAGACCUAGAUGAAAUUAUUGAUGAACACUUAUCGCACUCUGCCAACGAAUCAAUAUCGGACCCAAGCGAAGAUGACUCCGAAGUUGCUGGCAAGGGCGAUAAUUUAUUGGAAAAUCCCUCUUUCUUUGGAAACAUAGGAUCCAAGCUGAUUGAAGGUGGUAAGAGUCUUGUCGGGAAAAUCUGGAGGACAAGACGAAAUGCUUCACCUGAAUCGUCACAGGAAUCUUCCUCUGAAUCUUCCUCUGAAUCUUCCCCUGAAUCUUCGACUGAUUCUUCACCUGACUCUUCAUCUGAAUCUUCAUCGAGUGGCUUAUCUGAGAAAUUUAUUAGUAACUUAACAGCAUCAGCAGCAAAAUUAUCUGACGAUAUUGCGGCUCUUGAAGAGGAAAUAAAAAACCAAGAAAACCCCAUGCAGGCACUGACGACGGGGCUGACAGCAUUAAAAUCUCUUAACAAAGUUGCUGCUGAGCUCGAGGCUGCACUCACCGACAUAAACAGCCAGCUUCCCGAGGAUCUCAACAAGACGAUUACCGAUACACUUUCUGAAUUGUCGACGUGGAAAGCGAUCCAACUCGAUACCGCAAGAAAAAGUACCAAUGCAGCUGGCCUACGGCAGGCACAGGAUACGAUUAAACUAUUUACCGAAUUCUCUACGGUAUAUCUAGAGCGCACUCUGAACAACUACGAGCAACAAAAAAGUAUUUUUGAGAAGACAGUUCAGGAUAGAAUUUACAUUUACACCAGAGACGCUAGGACGCUGAAUAAUACAUUGUACAAGUGUCUAGAAGGGUCCAUGAGCGUCGAUCGCUGUACGACCAGUGUAAACUUUUUAAAGGUAAAGCUUAACAACGCACAAAACGAUCUGCAAACAAUCAUAAGGAGCAGCAAUUCCCUGGUCAAAGCAGGAAAAUAUGCUAAAGGUAAUUCUGACAUCUUUUUGGAGCAGUUGAAUGCAAAUAAGGAAAUAAGUGAAGCAAAAAUUAAGAACAUCAUUAAGUUUAAUCCUACAACGGCGACAACGACGACAACAGCCUCAUCGGAAUCCAGUGGCGAUGAAGACACACCUUAAUCAUAUCUUGCGCACUAAGGGAAAUUCCCGAUUCAAAGCAUUAUAGCACUAUAAUCCUAUAGGUGGUGGGCCAUUAAAGCAGCAUAAUAAAAAUUGUAGCUCAAUGCAAAAA